CGCGUUCAUUGCAUCGCUAGUAUAAAUGCUAUAAUCUCUCAAAGGAAUGUUGUGCAGCCAUGCCCUCAGAAUCCACCAAUGCUUCGCCCAUUGGAGGAACUUUGCAGCGAGCUUGCGAUAAUUGCAAAAACCGAAAGGUCCGCUGUGAUAAGGCGUUGCCAUGCUCGAACUGCAAAGCGUCAGGCACCGAAUGUCGAACGACGGUCGAGCAAAGAGAACCGCGACAGCGGAUUCUCAUAUCCGCUCACUAUGAGAAAAAGAUCGACUCCCUGGAAGAGAAGCUAAACCGCAUCGAGGGGCUCCUUCAAUCACUCGUUGAUUCAUCAAGUACCCGGAAGUCAAAUAAGUCGCAAGCGGGAACGGGAUACUUGACUCCAACACAGUCGAGCUCAAACCUGACCCCAAAUGCCCAACCGUCUCCUGAAAAGCCCGUCGAAUACGGUGGACAGCUCUCCGUCAACGCGAACUCAAUAAUCGCGCAGAAUUUCCUCAAAGAUGCAGUUGCAAGCAGUCCCUACACCUCCCAGAAUCCGGAGAUGACUGCGGCACUUUACAAUCUCCAGCAAAUCGUUGAACGACAGAGACAGCCCCAAAUCCGACCGUUUCUCGGCAAAAUCGCCAACGUUGGCAUCAGUCGCGAGGAGCUUCCUCCUAUUGACCUCGUCUUAGAAAUUCUCAGAAGACUCCAAAGGACCCUCAGUUUCGCUUUUUUGUGCUGCUUCCCUCACAUGUCAAUUCCCGUGUUCGUCGAAAAAUGCAAGGCGGUGUACUUCGACCCGUUCAUGGUCGAUGUAGCAACAUCUGUCAUUGUUCACGGAGGUCUAGCGUAUCUUUGCAAAGAGCAAGCAUGGAUGACCAAUGACCCAAUAGAGAAGGAAACAUUUGAGAAGUGUAUUACGCAAUUUCGCGCCAAUUUCCAAAAGAGCCUGAAUGAGAUGCCGUUGAAUAUGCCCGCCACUGGAGAAUAUAUUGACGCAUUGCUUAUCGCAAGUUCGGAUUCUAUGGAAAACGGACGGGUUAACCAAACCUGGACGUAUAACUCUGCCGCUGUUCGACUAUGCAUGAUGCUGGGCUACCACCGUGCUUCCACCAUGACGGACGACUCAAUCGAGGUGCGAGCCACGAAACAUAUCGCCUUUUGGUCGGCCUACAUCACGGACAAAUCGUUAUCACUUCGCCUCGGGCGACCUCCUGCUAUUCAGGACUUUGACGUAGAUAUUACCCCUCCAGUUCGGUUCGGCAUCCCUGAGAAGGACAUUUGGAUAGAUAAGAUCGGCUUUUGGGUAAAGAUGUCAAAUAUAGAAGGGCGCGUCUAUGAAGAAUUGUACAGCCCUCGAGCUUUGAAACAAAGCACCGACAGGCGGAUAGGUACCGCUGUCCAACUUGCGCAAGAUCUUGAGCAAGUAGGACUCGAGGCCACUACCAUAGAAAAGUCCAGCAGCGAGGGACCGGACUUUAUCAAACUCUUGCUAUCGUCGACGGUGGUCUCCAGACAUAUAGUAAGAACUCUCAUCUUUUAUGCUAUUCCAGGAGACAGCCGGGGGUUCGUCAAUAAGGAAUGUCUGGAGUCAGCGCGAAGCACACUUGCUUCUCAUAAUGCGAUCUCCGAGAAACACAAACAUGAAGACGUGUGGUCGACUUACCUCAACUUUGCAAUUAUCAAUGCGCCAUUGACGCCGUUCAUCGUUGUUUUCUGCCACAGCAUAGCCUUCUCGGAUGAGCACGACUUGGCAUUGCUCCAUGGCUUCGUCAAUUCCUUCGGUUCUGCCGUGCAGAAAACCGAAGUCUGCGCCAAACUCCACAAGCUCUGUUCCGUCCUUCACCACGUCGCGAAAACGUACGUGGAGGCAAAGAAGGCAGGGAGCGGGGCUCUGGUGCAGCAGCAAAUGAGUGGUGGUGUAGGCGCAGAGCAGACCAACAACCAAUGGGGAAUCGAUCAGUUCGACCGCUAUUUGAACGCGCUAGAACUAACGCCAGGCUUCAUCGGCAAUGCGACAUGGCCCAAUGGUCCCGUCACAGGACCAGACCAGCGGAUGAGCAUGACUAGCAAUCCCGAGAACCAGGUGAUCAUGAAUCUGUUGGAGGAUGAUUUGUCUUACCUUGACAUGGAUACAUACUUCGGGUAGAAGGAAGA